AUGAAGAAAUCGCUAUCUGAAACAAAUACACGUCUCACAGAAAUGGAGAAGUCUUUUAGCUGUUCCUCUCAAAGGCAGGACCUAUUUGAUAGCCGGUUACAAGCACUAGAAGUUUGUAGUUCUCAAGACACUGAAUUAAUCACUCAGAUACAAAAUCUCGAAAAUAAAAUUCAGUAUAUGGAACAACAGGCCAGACGGAAUAAUCUUGAGAUAUCUGGUAUCCCUGAAAAGUCAAACGAAGACCUGUCCCUAUAUUUGAGAAAUAUCACUAAUUUUCUGGGAGUUGAGCUGUCUUCAACUGACAUUGUCCAAAUUACUAGGAUACGCCCAUUUAAUGCGGUUUCUGGACGUCCUAAAGCUAUUGUCGUAAAGCUGAGUUAUCAAUUAUUACGUGAUACCAUUCUGUCUGCUGUUCGUACCAAGAAAGAACUUAAGUUGUGCGAUAUAGGUUUUCGUGGUGAAAUGAAGAAGAUUUACUUAAAUGAACAUCUUACACCAGCCAACAAGAUAUUAUAUAAAAGUACAAGGGAAAAAGCAAAAGUUGCUCAAUACAAAUUUGUAUGGAUACGUGAUGGCAAGAUUUUUGUUAGGAAGAACGAUAUUAGUCGAUCCUUAUGUAUAAAAAACUCUGUAGAUCUUCAAAAAGUAAUUUGA